CCAGUGACAUUAGAUCACAAUCCCAUGAGUCGACGCGGACCUCCUGAAUGGAUGUUUAAGAUUUCACCGCUGGACGAGGCCGUGGUUUUCUGCUCAACAAGUGGAGAGAACUCUGUGGAAACAUUUGACUGGUCAUGUGGAUAUCGGCCCCAGUCAUGUGCUCAUGUUUGUGAUAGGCGCCUAAUGAGCGGAGAGGUUGAGGCCACAACAUGGAUGACUGGGACUAUGACUAUUUAAUCAAGCUGCUGGCACUCGGUGACUCCGGUGUCGGUAAGACAACCUUUCUCCACCGGUACACAGACAGCAAGUUCAACCGCAAGUUCACCACUACUGUGGGAAUCGACUUCAAGGAAAAAAGAGUGAUGUACGCAGGGAUGGGAUCUGAUGGGAUGUCAGAGAAAAACUUUAAGGUUCAUCUGCAGCUCUGGGACACAGCAGGACAAGAGAGAUUUCGCAGCCUAACUACAGCGUUCUUCAGAGACGCCAUGGGCUUCCUUCUCAUGUUCGACUUGACCAACGAGCACAGUUUCCACAACGUUCGCAACUGGAUGAGUCAGCUACAGGCCAACGCCUACUGCGAGAACCCAGACAUCGUCCUGGUGGGGACCAAAGCAGAUCUAAGAAACCUGAGGGAUGUUCACAUUCGGCAAGCUCAAGAACUGGCCGACAGAUAUGGCGUACCUUACUUUGAGACCAGCUCGUUGACCGGGACAGACGUGGAAAAGGCAGUGAGCACCCUCCUCAAAAUGGUGAUGAAGAGGAUGGAGCUGAGCACCUACUGCUUACACAGCAAUGACCCCAACGGAAGUUCCAUCGCUCAUCGCGAUCUGGAGGUGACCCCUGUGAGAUCCCGCUGUAGCUGCUGAUGAAGCAUGGCAGAUCGACAGGACAAGCAAAACAACGCUCAACCCACAUGGUGUUUGUUAAUGUUCUUAAUGUGGACCAUGAAAUUGUAAAUAAUGUCAAAGAGGUGAACUAUAAUUAGAGAAAACAACAUUGUUUGAAUUUUGUUUCUGUUGUUGAGUCUAUACAACAGUAGACCAUCAGUGGAAAAGGGUGGAAUGUAGGUUCCAGGUUGAAGAUGAGAUGAGAGGUUCACGUACCUGAGGGUCUUGUUCACAGGUCAGGACAGCGGGACCCACACACCUUGCUUAUCCGUGGUGAGACCAUGCAGUUGCCCUAAGUUUCCUAUCAUUUUGAUAAAAUGCAGAAAUUAAAGUGAUGGGCUGAGUUACAUGAGAAAAGAGGACUCAGAUAAAUGCUGCUGUUGCUGGUUGGUGGAGGAGGGCCAGGCGGAGGAAGAUGUAUCCAUCACAUCGUCGUAUUCAACUUGGAACUAGCGUAUGUAGCUAACAGUCAGACACAGAGAUUGUGAAUGAAGCAUGUUUGAAUCCCACAGCUGGUGUUUAGACUUUUCUCAAGUAGGAUGAAAAGGUGUGGGUCCAACUGAUCUAUAGAAAAGAACACAGUACACACACAUACAUGCAGUCUAAAUAAAACGCUGUGUGACAUAUGCAUGAAUCCAUCUUGUUUCUCACCUUAUAAAAUGCUUCAUUUAGCCUUUUGUUUCUCAACUUUAGCUCCAGGGGGAUCAGUGUCUGUGCCCUUUCAGACUGUUGAAGGUUGACGUUGAAGUGGUUGAAAUAGUUUGUUAAUCUACACAAGUGAGAUUCAUUUAAACUCAGCUCAAUGUGCUUCGUUUCAAGAAGAUCUUAAAAAUAGAUGCUCAGUUAUCCAACAAAAUUUGUGGAGCUGUCUCCUGGGCUCCUCUCUGGUGAGCCGCGCCACGGGUCCAGUAGCAGACAGAUUAUGUCUCUCGGUUGACUUUAGAAAAUCAUGUUUUUUGGAGAUUGUAGUAUAAUAUUAUAACAUUGCAGUUCAUAAUUUUGAGUUCAACUUUUUCAUGAUAUAGCCAUCACUGUUUGAAUCCAUUCAA